GGCAGAGUCAACCAACAAAGAGUAUUUGGUUUUUGUUUAUGGAAACAGAUUCCCUUCACCUGGGUUACUAAUCUCUAGGGGUGCUCCUGAAUGAGAACCAUCUCUCAUGUACUCAUUCUUCUUCCUUUUCUGACCUCACAGUUGCACCUCAUCUGCUUUCUGAUAACGAAUCCCUCCACAACUGCACAGUGAGAAAGACUUCUCUGAGGAUGUGAUGGAUUCUGGGGUGUCCUCCCCUGAAAAGCAGGAUAAAGAGAAUUUGGUUGAUGCCCACAGUAGAGGUAUUGGGGCUUGUGGCUGGUUCCUGGUUUGCCUUUCUUUCCUGUUGAUGGUCAUCACCUUUCCUUUCUCUGUAUGGAUGUGCCUAAAGAUUGUUAAAGAGUAUGAACGGGCUGUUGUAUUCCGACUUGGACGAAUACAAGCAAAAAAAGCAAAAGGACCAGGUCUGAUCCUGGUGCUACCAUGUGUAGAUGUUUUUGUCAAAGUUGAUCUCCGAACCGUUACCUGCAACAUCCCCCCACAAGAGAUCCUUACCAGAGAUUCUGUGACUACCCAAGUGGAUGGAGUGGUCUACUACCGAAUCCACAGUGCCGUUUCUGCUGUGGCUAAUGUCACCGAUGUUCACCAAGCCACCUUCCUACUGGCCCAGACUACUCUGAGGAAUGUCUUAGGGACACAGACUUUGUCCCAAAUCUUAGCUGGCAGAGAAGUUAUUGCCCAUAGCAUCCAGACAAUACUUGAUGAUGCUACUGAGCUGUGGGGCAUCCAGGUGGCCCGAGUGGAAAUCAAAGAUGUUCGGAUUCCCUUGCAGUUGCAAAGGUCUAUGGCGGCAGAAGCUGAGGCUACCCGGGAGGCUAGAGCUAAGGUGCUGGCAGCAGAAGGAGAGAUGAAUGCUUCUAAAUCACUGAAGUCGGCCUCCAUGGUUCUGUCUGAAUCUCCUGUAGCUCUUCAGCUUCGAUAUCUGCAAACUUUAGCUACUGUGGCCACAGAGAAGAAUUCCACCAUUGUCUUCCCUCUGCCCAUGAAUAUUCUAGAGGGCAUAGGGAACAUCAGUUAUAAUGAUCAUAAGAAAAAAAUAGAGAGAUAGUGACAGUCUCUUAGACUAGCCUCAUUGCUCAGAGAGGUCCAAUUUAUUCUAGUGAAGAAACAGGCAAUUGAACAGUUAGGACUCAUUAAAACUCUACGGAUUAAGUAACUCCAUGGCUGGUAUAGAUAUAAUAAAGAAAUUUUACUUAGAUGGUAGAGUGCUUUUAAAGUGGUGGGGUGGGGGGUGGAUGGUGGGGAGUAGCAAAAAUGACAAGGAACAUGUAGUGUUUUCCUUCCAGUCUGGAAGCUAGGUUCUCCAUGAACAUCAACAGGAACCUUUUCAGAAUAGCUGAGGCUCACCUUUGUCAUUAAGAUCUUGGUUCCCUUCAAGUACAGUAGAUAGUCCAGGUGAUUUAUAAAAUGAUAUGAAUACUAUAUCGCUUCUUAAUAAUUUCAAAUUAGUUGUAUG